GCUUGAUUUCAGCCCUAGCUAUUUACUUUUCUUGAUCUUUUUGACAGUUACCUAGAAUGAACAGACUUUUGUUUUCCGAGAUCAAGGCAAGAAGCCACUGGGCUGUCAAUAAUUCAAAGUUUGUUCGUUUCAACUCAACUGAAGCUUUGGAAAACAAUGUGUCUAAAAAAAUUGUAUUACAGAGCCAUCCUACAGCACCUCUUUCUGCCUUCAACUACCGUCUUGUUAGUCAGCUUCGUAAGAACAGAGACCCAAAGAAAAACUUGAACGAUGUCUUGAAAAUUGUUGAUGAAAUUAAAGCACAAAACCUCCAAUUCAAUCAACUUACAUACAGUGCUAUCUUGACAGCCUACUCUCGCGCUAGAGACAGAAAGUCGGUUUUGAACACCUUGAAUGAAAUGAAGGAAAAUGGCAUGACACCUUUGCUUGACAGUUACAAUAUUACACUUGAGGCCUUUGCUAAUGCUGGUGACAUCAAAACAUUGGAAUCAUUAAAGCAAGAAAUCAAGGAAAAGGGUCUUGAAUUGACAGCAACUUCUUAUCAACAUUUAUUGAAGGGUCUAUGUAACGCUAGAAAGUUGAAUCAUGCCUUGAACGUGUUGGAAGAAAUGAAGACUGCUGGUAUUCAACCCAGUUUGAAAUGUUAUUCAAUUAUUAUCACUGCAUGUCUUCAACUUUCUAAAGCAAAGGUUGCAUUUGACAUGUUGAAGCAGGCAGAAGAAGCAGGAUUCCCUGUUGAAAGCGAACCUCGCAUUUACAUGGAUGUGAUGCGUGUUGGUGCUGAUGAAGAUGAGAUUGACGUUAUCAAAUACUGUUGGGACAAAGCCAUUGGUACAUACUCAUUACGCCCUGAUGAAGGUACUUUGUUGAAUGUGCUCCGUGUAGCUGGCAAAGUAGGUGACACCAAAUUGGCUACAGAUAUUAUUCGUCAAUUGAGUACAAGUGGAUACCCUUACAAAGAACACUAUUUUACACCUUUAAUGGAGGCUUUCAUUGCAAAGAACGACUUGAAGAGUGCUUUUAAUGUUUUGGAUAUCAUGCGCUUGUCAGGCAUUCCCCCUACCAUGCGUGCCACAUUACCUAUCCGUUCCAAAUUAGACAAGGAUGUAGAGGCCAUCGACAAGGCUUAUUACUUGUUGGAAGAAAUGAAGAAGGAAAACAAGACAAUCGAUAUCUCUGCAUUCAACACCGUUAUUGCUGCUUGUGCUGAUGCCAAGGAUUUGAACCGUACUAUUGCUACUUACCGCGAAGCCAGCAAUUUAGGCGUCGUACCUAAUAUUGACACAUACAACUGUGUUCUUGACGCAUGCAUUCACACUCGUAUGAAGGGUAUGGGUCAUAUUGUGAUUGAGGAAAUGAAGAAGGCAGAAAUCACACCAAACCUUGAUACUUACUCCAAGAUGAUGGCACUUGCCUGUACUCAAAAGAAUUAUGAAGAUGCCUUUGUCUAUCUUGAAGAAAUGAAGAGCUAUGAUAUUGUUCCACCUGAAACUUGCUACCGUAACUUGGCACAAAAGUUAGCAUACGAAAAAGACCCUCGUUUCCAUAUGGUACUUGAAGAAAUGGAAACAUUUGGUUACAAAGUUACACCUAAAGUUAGAGCUUUAUGGAAAUCAAAAUAGAUGUAUAUAUAAAAAGAAAUUUUGACAAUUGACUUAGAACAAACAAGAAUCUUUUCUUUUCUUUUUGGGCUAAACUAAAGAUAAUAAUAACAAUAACGCAUAUAAAAAACUAUUGAAACUUUUAUGACAGCGUAAAGAAGACCUUAAUUUGAACUUCCUUCUACCGAAGAACAAAGCCUGUUCAUACCUGCAUAAAAUACUCUAAGUACUUACAGGCAAUGUUUACUAUUAUCCGCGGUGCUUCUAGAGUCGAUUU